UUCAAAGAUUAGUACAAUGAGGGAGUUAAUCAAGAUGUUGGCUUUCAGCUUUCUAAUGUUGUUAGUGUGUUCCUGGAUGUCCAUAACAACAGCUUCAACUGAGGUUAUAGCAAGUGAUUGUCCUCAAACAUGUGGAAAUAUUCAUGUUCCAUACCCUUUUGGUAUCGCUGACACAUCUGCUAGUAGUGUUAACCCUAAAUGUGCAAUGCAGAAUGCCUUUAUGUUCUUAUGCAAUUCCACUGAAGAUCCUCCUCGGCUAUACUUAGGCGCAAACUUGCCUAUCCGCAAUAUAUCACUGGAAGAAGGAACAAUCUCUAUCCGCACCUUUGAAGCAUUUGCUUGCUACAACGGGGUAGAGCUGACGCAAAAGUAUGACUACUGGAUGAGGUUAGGAGAAGAACACCCUUUCAGGUUCUCUGAUACUCGAAACAAGCUCACCGCUGUCGGUUGUGAUACCUUAGCCUUCAUGAGCGAUGCAGGAGGAACCUUUGGCAGUGGCUGCAUAUCCUUGUGCAGUGAGUACAAAAAGCUAGAGGGUUCUUGUUCAGGAAUUGGCUGCUGUCAGACUGCUGUACCAAGAAGUCUGAAGACGCUAAACUUUACUAUUCUAAGUACAGGCAAUCAUAGCACUGUUUGGCAGUUCAAUCCUUGUGGCUAUGCGUUUUUAGCUGAUGAAAGGAUGUUCAAUGUCUCGGACUUAGAACUUUCUGAUCGCCCGUACUCGGAUGAGACUAAAGAAUAUGCAACUUCUGAGGUUGUAGUAGAGUGGGUUGCAAGAGAAGAGACCUGUGAAUUUGCCCAAUCCAGUUCGAACCCGAAUGGAUAUGCCUGUGGUAAUAAUACUUAUUGUACUUACUCUGAAAAUGGCAUGGGGUAUAGGUGUUUGUGUAAACAAGGAUUCACAGGAAAUCCUUAUCUACCACAAGGAUGUCAAGACAUUGAUGAAUGCAAGGAACCAGAAAAGUAUCCAUGUGGUGGAACCUGCCAGAACACAGUUGGAAAUUACACUUGCCGCUGCCCACUUGGAACGCAUCGCGAUGACAAGAAUAAUUGCCAAGGAUUUCGCAUCACAACCAUUGCCACAAUUGCUGGAGCACUCGUGUUUGUUGGGAUUAUCAGUUUUCUAAUGCUCAUCAUAUGGAAGAGACGAAGAAAAGAGAAGAACUUUUUAGAAAAUGGAGGUAUGUUAUUAAAACAUCAACGAGUAAGAAUUUUAAGUGAAGCGGAGUUAACAAAGGCUACAAGAAACUAUGAAACGAGUCAGUUUCUUGGGGAAGGCGGUUUCGGAUCUGUUUACAAAGGAAUUUUAGCAGAUGGCACCCAAGUUGCAGUAAAGAAGCCAAAAGAUUUAGACAGGACUCAAAUUAAUCAAGAGUUCCAGAAAGAACUUGCCAUUGUUUCACAGGUCAACCAUAUUAACGUUGUCAAGAUUCUAGGCCUAUGUUUAGAAACCAAAGUUCCAUUGUUAGUUUAUGAAUUCAUUUCAAAUGGAAGUCUAUAUCAGCAUAUCCAUCAGAAGAGGUCUCAGAUACUAACAAGUUGGAAAAACCGUCUGAGAAUUGCUACGGAGACAGCACUUGCUAUUGAUUAUUUGCAUUCCUUAGCAAAUCCUCCGAUUAUUCAUGGAGAUGUUAAGUCUGCAAAUAUAUUGUUAGACGAUAAUUAUACAGCGAAGGUAUCUGAUUUCGGAGCUUCAGUGUUAAUUUCACCAGGUUAUACUGAUAUGGCUACGAAAAUACAAGGAACAUUUGGCUACUUGGAUCCUGAGUAUCUUAUGACAGGCAAGUUAACAGAAAAGAGCGAUGUGUAUAGCUUUGGGGUUGUUCUUGUUGAAAUCUUAACAGGAGAGAAGCCAAAUUCUAAUGCAAGAUCAGGAGUAAAGAGUAACAUUAUUCAAUACUUUCUUUCAUCACUGGAAAGUAAGAACAUCUCUGGAACACUCUGUUUCAUGGUAAAUGAAGAUGAAUUAGAAGAGAUCAAAGUAUUUUCAGAACUAGCAAAAAGAUGUCUGAGCAGCACUGGGAUUAAAAGGCCAACCAUGAAAGAAGUAGCUGAGGAGCUUGGCAGGUUGAGAAAAUUGAAUGAGAGCUUAUGGGCUCAAGAAAACAGCAAAGAGACCGAGCAUUUGCUUGGUGAUGCAUCUUAUCACUGCAUCCACUUUCAAACUGCAAACAUCAGUCAACCUGAUACCCAUAUAAUGAGAAGAUUUGAUAUUGAUCUCUACUCUGCUGAUAGCGUUUGACUUGGUUUCUUGUUUCACAAAAGCAUUUACACAAGUGCUAUUUCUUCCCAGUUGCUUUUCUGGAAUAUGGUUUGUGUUAAAACUUGUGAGAUCUGAUAGACAAUAAUGUUAAUUGUGUACUCUUCAUUGCAAAGAACUUAACCUUAAUAACUAUACAAAAUCAAGGAAAAGACUAUAUUACCCUUACGACUAUUUACAGUGUUUAACAUUCCCCCUCAAACUCACGAUGCGAUAGCAACAAGCAUCGAGAGUUUGUCAGAUAAAAAACGAAAACGUGAAGUAGUUAGACAUUUUGUAAAUAAGUCCGCAAGCUGUAAGGAAGAAGAAACAAAAGGCAAAGUCAAGGUGUCAUUCUGAAGAUGAUGACGGGUAAUAUGACAGUCGAUUUCGAUAUGCUUGGUCCGUUCGUGAAAGACUAAAUUGUGUGCAAUCUGAAUAGUGCUCUUAUUAUCACAAUGUAAAGGAGUUGGUUGCCGUAGAAAGACACCCAUAUCAGCAAGCAACCAUCGCAACCAAACUAUUUCACAAGUAGUAGAAGCCAUAGCGCGAUAUUCAGCCUCCGUUGAGGAUCGAGAAAUGACGUCCUGCUUCUUACUUUUCCAAGAGAUAAGGGAAUCACCUAAAAAGAUACAAAAUCCAGUAGUUGAUUUGCGGUCA